GAAGUCAGUCGAGGACGGACCACGGUGGCAGAAGGACCAUGUGGCGCUUAAACAUGGCCCUAAGCGCGAUCGUGGUGCUGACAUGCCUGGCGUCGGCGCAUGCGUGGGGCGGGCUCUUCAACCGGUUCAGCUCUGACAUGUUGGCCAACCUGGGGUACGGUCGCGGGCCAUACCGCCACUACCCCUACGGACAAGUGGAGCCAGAGGAGGUAUACGCCGAGGCUCUUGAAGGCAACCGCAUUGACGACGUGAUCGACGAACCAGCUCACUGCUACUCCGCCCCCUGCGCUACCAACGGUGACUGCUGCCGAGGACUGCUCUGUUUGGAUACUGAGGAUGGUGGUCGUUGCCUCCCAGCAUUCGCAGGCAGGAAGCUUGGAGAGAUUUGCAGCCGCGAAAACCAGUGUGACGCCGGGCUGGUCUGCGAGGAAGUCGUACCAGGAGAAAUGCAUGUCUGCCGCCCGCCAUCCGCCGGUCGCAAGCAAUAUAACGAAGACUGCAACGUAUCCAGCGAGUGUGAUAUCACGCGAGGCCUCUGCUGCAUCAUGCAGCGCAGACACCGACAGAAGCCACGGAAGAGCUGCGGUUACUUCAAGGAACCCCUCGUGUGCAUCGGACCAGUAGCGACGGACCAAAUCCGCGAGUUUGUACAGCACACGGCGGGCGAGAAACGGGUCGGCGUAUACCGUCUCCAUUAAUUUUAUAAUUUAAUUUAAAAACAAAAUAUUUGCAUCGCGUGAUAUAAUUUUUUAUAAAAAUGUUUUUCAAUUUAAAAAAUUGUCAUCUAACAUAAUAUAUAUAUUUUUAUCAAGUGAGGAAAUAAAUAGGUACAAGGAAAUGGGGGUAAAUUAAGUUUCUAUAUAAAUAAAAAUAAUUUCACGCGACGGAAAUAUUUCCAGCUCUAUUAAAAUAUAUAUUACGAAAUAUUAGAAGCUUUUUAAUAAAUAUACAAUAUUUUCAAAGAAAUAUAUUGAAAAUUAAAUUGCCGAUAUAUAUUUUUUUAUUAAAUAGCUUCUAAUAUUUUCUUAUUUUAAUUUCAAAUAAACUUGAUAUUAUGUUGAUUAAAAAGAAGUUGAAAAUUGUUAGAAAAAGGAAUUGAAUUUUGAGCCAAAGUGUGAAAGAAAAGAAAAACAACAGUGUCAUUAAACAAACUACUUUUUAAUUAACAUAAUUUUCAAAAUGGAAUGAACCCAACGGAAAUAUUGCUUUGAA